AUGGCAUCGCAAACAUACAGCUCGUCCGUUCGAGCUGGCCUCAAACCAUCAAACCCCGCUCCCCCCAACUUCGCCGAUCCAAACUUCGACCCGGCCGAGUUCCUCAAUGACUCCCUAUCACCGCUUACUGUGGCAUCAGCACAACCUAGCGCCUCUCGGUCACCCGGAUCUGUUCCCCUGACAGAGUUAUCUGCGCAGGUCCAAUCCCUCCUCUCCCAGAUUAGCGCCCAAAAUAUCCGUCUCUCGAGCACGUUAUCCCAACUUACCGACGAAAUCCUUCGAAGCGGUGGACGACUGGCCUACGAAGUUGAAGUCCUACGAGGCGAGACAAUCGGGCUAUCCGAAACCCUAACUGAAGUCUUACGCGACGAUAUAACAAAGUUCGUCCCGGGGCCCUCACCAGAAGACGGACGCAAGGCCGAACAAGAAGAGGAUGCUCCCACGAACGAAGAUGAGUCGGCAGAAACAGAGGACAAGAACAAACCCGCCGCCCCAACAGACCCAGAAUACAUAACGAACCUCCGCACACUGAACCAAGUGAGAUCGCGCCUAGAAGACGUCGUACAGACCUUCGGCGACGCAAUGAGCUGGCCGCUGCCCCCAUCCGAGAUCUCAUUCUCGUCAUCCUUCAUCUCCGUCUCAGGACCAGACCUCGGCCCCGAAGGCCAAGACCGCGAGGAAAAGGGCCAAGAAAUGAUGAAGAAGCUACGCGCAGAAGUGACUGAGCUACUCGACAGUGAAGGCGGAGGAUACGCCGGACUGGAUGCUGCCAAUCGCCGCGUUGAAGCCCUACGGACGCUGGCGAUUGUGUGGAAUGCAUCGGCCGAGGAAAAAGCCCGUAAUCGGUUCGUGGAUAGCCUGGCGAAUAUCGUGGAGGACCGACGGCGCACCUUGGACCAGCAGCAGGCAGAUCAGAACCAGCGAGGCCAGUCCAAGUCCAGAUUUGAGGCUCGGCGGGAUAGUGACAGUGGGGCACCGGCUGGUGGGCUGUUUCGGAAUUUACAGCGUUUGAGAGAGGAAAUAUAUUUGGAGUGA